AUGCUGGGCACUCUGUGGCUGGUUAGCCUUUCUUUUCCCAUGCUGUGGGCCCAGAAACUAAUCAGCUGUCCCUAUAAGAAUGUGUGCCAGUUUGCCCUGCUCUCAGGCAAUGACGUGAUCCUGCAGUGUAACCACCCCAAAGGACUGUGGUAUUUUUCUUCCUCUUCGGAGGACAAACGGUCCCUCCUCAACACAAUGCCGAGCGUGAAAAUACUGCCCGGUAGCAACCUGCAGCUGCUCAACCCGCAGCCCUCCCAGACAGGGCUCUACCGCUGCCUGGAUGAUCACCAGACUCGCGUGGUGGAAUAUGAAAUUGACUUUCAGAAUAUAGCCCAGCUGCACAUCACACACCAAGACCUGGGCCAGCAGCCCAUGGAAAACGAGACCAUGAACCUAGGAGGCAAGGUACUCGUUUUUACCCGCUGGGAUCCUUGGCAAGAUUGUAACCGCUGCGAAAAGCCCGGCGAGCGCAAACGCCUAGGCUACUGCUACGUGGAGGAGCCCCUGGAAAAACCCAUGCCCUGCGGGCUUUACCUGAGAGAGGAGAAGGUGGCCCAUGCUCGCCUGCGGCCUGAACUCCAGGUGCAAGCCUGCCAGGUGCCCUGCGACACCGCCACAGAGACCAACCAGCCGUACUUCGUUUUUGACACUCUUCAGCUGGACAAAUCCGACAACUAUGUGUGGCUCAGCUGUCCUUUGGCUUCCAUCUACAGGCCCGUCCACUGGGAAGCCGACAACACCACUCUGACAUGGCAGGGCCAGCUCUCCGGCGAGGACAGCAGCACCUCCAUGGAUCUGUACAGCGGCGGCAGGAAGCUGAAGGUCUUCCAGCCAGCCACCUACAGGUGUUUUGUGGAACAGGAGCUCAUAGCCCAGUUCAACCCCACAGCCUAUGUGGAUCUGCUGGAGGCCGAGACGCAACCCGAAGCCCAGUGGCAGGGGCCGUCCAGGGCCCAGCCGGGCAAGGCACAGCCCGUUCUCAAGGGCUUGAAGCUGGUGUUACUGAUCGUCUCCGUGUUGGCCGUCGGGGGGCUUCUGUGUAAAGUGGUCUUCCGUCCUCUCCGAGGCAAGAAGAAGAAUCAGGUGCUCCUGGUGAAGUAAACUGAGCCUUCUGUACCCAAGGGGAUCUCUGCCAUCCAUUGCAGCCCCACACUAGCCGCUGGAGGUGUGUGAGCCGACACAGACCUGAAUUAAAAUGCAG